CGGAGGGAGGUUGUGUGGUCGGGCUCCGCGGCGAUGGGAUCCCGAGGUGGCCCCGGUGGAGGCUGCGUCGGGCGGCGGUGCCUCUCCGCCGGGGUGACCGCACACCACUGACUCGCCCGGCCUGAGCGGGGCCUGGAGAGCUGUCAUGGAGGAGUUGGUGGAGGAUGACAUCUGUAUUUUGAACCAUGAAAAAGCAGACAACACUCAUAAGAGAGAUGGGGAGAUUCCUGUUUCAUCUUACAGCGGAGAUGAGUCUGUUGCCUCACACUUCGCACUUGUCACUGCAUAUGAAGAUAUCAAGAAACGACUUAAGGAGACGGAGAAGGAGAACUCCUCCUUAAAAAGAAGAGUGAGAAUUCUAGAAGAGAAGCUGCUUGGUUCCCGACUGGAAGAGGAAUGCAGUUCAGUUGGACGUGAACAAGUAAAUAAGGCAUACCAAGCCUAUCGAGAGGCCUGCAUUGACAGAGAUAAUCUGAAAAGCAAGCUGGAUAAAAUGGUGAAAGAAUGUUCAGAAUCCUUGAAAACCUUGAAUGAACAGUUGCAGUCUAAAGAAGUAGAGCUGUUACAGCUAAGAACUGAAGUGGAAACUCAACAAGUGAUGAAAAAUCUGAAUUGUACUCAGUCCAACUGGGAAAUAGAGAAGCUGAACAGUGACCUGAAAGUGCACAGUCUGGAGCAGGAUCUAGAAAAGCUCAAGCAAGAGUAUAACAGUCUCAGAAAGGAGUUGCAAAAAUCCAAGCAGAAGGACCAGGCCCAAAGUGAAAGUCCAUUAAAUGGAGACGUCCUUCAAAGGCAAGACAUCCAAAGCGUGCAACAAGCAUACUGGGAACUGAAGAGGGAAAUGUCCAAUUUGCGCCUAGUGGCUGAUGUGCAAGCUGAGGUCCUACGAACACUGAAAACAAACCCAGCAGCGACCAAGAAAGCUGCCUCUACUGCACCAGUGCAAUGUGUUGACUUGAACAUUUCAAAGCUGAAUUUGACAUCUGGGGUGGUCUAUAAAAAACUCUCACUGAAUGACCAAGUACUCUGCAAUGCUGUGUCUCCCCCUCUCCCAAGAGAUGGACAGAUCCCACCUGAAAGGGUGAUUCUGCAAGCAUGGACAGAUGAGAAACCCAUUCCAAUGGAUGGCAAAACGUUUCAGGAAUACCAUUCAUAUGGAAAGAGCUCUCUGGAAGAUAAUUCCUGGGUGUUCCCAAGUCCUCCAAAGCCUAAUGAGAAUGUGUUUUGGGAAAUGAAAAAUAGAUCAACUUUGCUAAACUGUCCAGCAGAUUACCUGGAUCAGUGUAAUCAAAACUGUCUGCACAAGAGUUAAAGAAGUUUUAGAAUGAACCAAGGCAUUUUUAGAAUGGUUCUGAAUAGGCACCUUAACACUUGAACUUUUAAAGGGGGAAAACAAACUGCCUGAAAUGGUCUUUAUUUUUUAGUUCUAGUUCUGAAACAGAAAGCCUUGUCUUCCUCUGCUGUAAAUCAGGAACAAGUUCCUUGAAGUUAAAGCUGUGCUGGCAUAAUGUAAAUAGAAAGAGAAUGAGCGUGGGGCUUGGAUAGUCUUGUACUGCAAGUGGCAUAUAUUGGCAAAAGAUGACACUGAGAAGUGAGUUCUUGGAAUAAAACAGAAUAAUCCA